CGACCGCAGAGGGGCCAGGAGGUAAUCAACACUCAGCAGAAUCCCAUUUGGCGACAUGACGUUAAUAUAAAAGGUACAUUUUGCGCGAAGCUUGUUAGGCAGGGUACAGGUGCAACUGUAGGAUUGCAAUAGAACGGUGCCAAAAGUGAGGCAAGGCAAGAGCAACAGAAUCGAGCUUCACAAGCAUGUCGUUCGGCACGCACGCAGAGCACGGUAACGCCGAGUACCGGCAAGAACAGUACAAUGCAACACUAAGAGGAGCUGCGAAAGGGUCAUUAUUCGGGUUGGCAGUAGCCACACCGACUGCCUAUAUGCUGCAACGAUCAUGGGCGCCGUUCAGGGCGCUGAAUCUGCCGGUCAAGUCCUUCUUCGUCAUGAGCGCCACCGUCAUGACAGGUGUCAUCUGCGCUGAUAAGGCCGGCAUCGCCUUCAAUAAAGAGCACUACAGCGAUCAGGGCGCAAAGAACAUGAAGCGGUAUGCAACGCACGCGGAGCGAGAAUGGGAUCAACUGAGCACUGCGGACAAGGCACUAACGUGGACCAAGGAAAACAAGGUCGGCAUCGUGGCAGGCAGCUGGGUGGCAUCCAUGGCAGGCACUUUCGCGUUCAUCCAGACGCAGCCUUUAUCCUUUGCGCAAAAGCUGGUGCAGGCGCGUGUAUGGGCACAAGGCCUGACGCUCGCCUCACUCGUCGGCAUGGCUGCCAUCACGCAGAUCCCAAGUGCGGGCGACCGGAUCAUCGAAAGCCACCUGCAUGCCAAGGAACACUCGUGGAAGGACUACAUCCCACAGGAGAUGGGGGAAGAGCUGGGCACCAACAAGGACGCGUCGAGCAAGUCGUCCAACCGGUCAUCGGCGAAUGCAAAUACAGAGACGGAAUAGAGCGAAUCUACUACAUAGAGCAAGGGGUGGCAAUCUUCAUCACCCUACACAUAUCGCAUGCAUCGCAUCUGCCCCACUUUCGAUCAUUCUCUUCCGUCUCCCGUCUGUUGCAAUACCAUAAUCUACCCUUCGAGCAA